AUGGCCAUUGUGAAAUUACUGAAAAAAGUACAUGGAGAUCUAUCCGAUAAUGCAAUCGUGAAAAUUGAAAAUGGAUCGUUUGCAAAUCUUCCCAGCUUAGAAUAUUUAGAUCUAUCCGAUAAUGCAAUCGUGAAAAUUGAAAAUGGAUCGUUUGCAAAUCUUCCCAGCUUAAAAUAUUUAUAUCUAUCCCGUAAUGCAAUCGUGAAAAUUGAAAAUGGAUCGUUUGCAAAUCUUCCGAGAUUAUGGCGUUUAUAUCUAUCCGAUAAUGCAAUCGUGAAAAUUGAAAAUGGAUCGUUUGCAAAUCUUCCCAGCUUAACAUUUUUAAAUCUAGCCAAUAAUAAAAUAGCGAUUAUUGAACAUGGAUCGUUCGAGGGUCUCACCAAUUUAGAGAGUGUAAAUCUAGCCAAUAAUAAAAUCGCGAUUAUUGAACAUGGAUCGUUGGAGGGUCUCACCAAUUUAAAAAAGUUAAAUCUAGCCAAUAAUAAAAUAGCGAUUAUUGAACAUGGAUCGUUCGAGGGUCUCACCAAUUUAGAGAGUGUAAAUCUAGCCAAUAAUAAAAUCGCGAUUAUUGAACAUGGAUCGUUGGAGGGUCUCACCAAUUUAAAAAAGUUAGAUCUAGCGAAUAAUGAAAUAGCGAUUAUUGAACAUGGAUCUUUCGAAAGUCUUACCAAUUUAAAGGAGUUAAAUCUAACCAAUAAUAUAAUCGCGAUUAUUGAACAUGAAUCGUUCGAAGGUCUCACCAAUUUAAAAAAGUUGUAA